AAGCCCAAGCAGACGUCGUAUUUUCUUCAAAAUGGCGGAAUCAGGUAGUUUAGAUGUCAAGGUGGAAGAUGAGAUUGGCUGUAAACAUUACAAAAGGAGAACGAAAUUUGUGACGCCUUGCUGUGACAAGGUAUACACCUGCCGAUUCUGCCAUGAUGAGAACGAGACCCACCCUCUCAACCGCAAGGAUGUCACAGAGCUAGUGUGUGGCAACUGUUCUACGCGACAGAAGGUGCAAGCAGAGUGUGAAAAGUGCAGACUGCGGUUUGGCAAGUACACUUGCUUAGAAUGUAAGCUGUUUGAUGACGAAGACAAAAACCAGUACCACUGCGAAGGCUGCGGAAUUUGCCGCAUUGGCGGCCGUGAGAGGUUUUUCCAUUGUCAGAAAUGCAACAUGUGUUUGCCCAACAAGCUGCAGAGCGGACAUAAGUGUAUUGAGAACGUGUCCCGCGCCAAUUGUCCGGUGUGUCUGGAAGACAUUCACACUUCCCGGAUACCCUGUCAUAUCCCGGACUGUGGACACCUGCUGCAUAGGACCUGCUUUGAGGAUCUGCUGCAGAGUGGGCUCUUUACUUGUCCCUCCUGCCAGACCUCCCUGAUAGACAUGACCCCGGUGUGGGAACAUUAUGAUCAAGAGAUAUUAUUGACUCCAAUGCCAACGGAGUUUAAAGACUACUUAGCUCAAAUCCUCUGCAAGGACUGCCAGAAAUAUUCAACAGUACCUUACCACGUUGUUGGACUCAAAUGCCAAAGUUGCGGUUCAUAUAACACAACAAGAACAAAAACAUUUCGUCCUGAUGCAGAUGGAGUGGACGAAGAGAUUAACUUGACAGACUAGUACGCUUGAUAGCACGGCUUUCGCUUGUAGUUGACUACCAUAGUGCCAACCUCAGCACCGAACCCACGUUGCAGCAACCCUGCAUUCAUCACUUGACACCUGAAUGAGUAGUCUUAUGUAAAAUAAGUUAACAGUAUAAAAAUUCAAUAGCAAUAGCCAGAGUACCAAUUUUGCUUUGGUUCUUCUAGAAACAAGGGUAUUUUAAUCGUUAAAACUUCAAUUACUAAACAUUUACAGGUGAAGUUAAAUAAGCUAAGGCUUGAGCCAAGGUUUGUGAUUAUGGUGAGAUACCUUUUGUAACUAUUGACUAUGACUAUUGACUGAAGUCACCUUAUUUUGGGUCACAGAGAAGCUACCAUUUAUUGGGGUAUUAUUGCAGUUGUUACAAUGUAGUGGACUAGACUAAAAAUUGCCUUUUGUGAUGAGAGGAGGUCGGAUGGGCCAAUCUUAAGAGGAAAUAACGGUAAAAUAAAGAAUCAAAAGGGCUAUUAAUCAAACUAUUUUUUUUAAGUUUUCUAUCCAACUCGCUUAGGACUCAUGCUUGCGUUAGUCUGGCCCAAUAGAUGACGUAUUAUUGCGGUUUGAAAUGAACAACUUGUACCAAAGCCUAGCUAUGGAAUGUGCUGGAUCACUGGCAUUUACUAUGGAAUGUGCAGGCACUAGUCCCUGGGAUUUGUCUAUGACAGACUACAAUAGAAGGACAAUGUAAAACAUGGUACUCUGUGCUUGUAAAUUGUUAUUACUAAUACAAUGUUUAGCAGCCAUUUUGUUUUAUUAGAAAAGUAAAUUGUCUAUUUGUCAUUUUAUUUUUUAGAUAUAAAUUAUAUUUUGGUUUUAUUAUACACACAAAAUCACAAUUUGUUGUAGUUGAUUGUUUGCUUCAUGUUGUUGAUUGUGCAAUUUCCAUUGUUUACCUUUUGCGACCAUUCUUAGUAAGGUAGAUAGAUUUGAUAGAAAAUGUUCCAGUUUGCGUUGUAUAGGAGUUUAAAUUUUAAAAACUUGCUGAGUUUAGGCUAAAUGGAUUGUUUGAAAAAAAUAUUAAGCCUACUUAUUCUUUAAUCAAAUCACAUAGUCAUAUUUCUAGAAAUAUGAAGUUUUAGGCAAGGGUAGGCCCAGGGUUUUUAAGGAUUUUGUAAUGGAUAAGCCUAGGCCGAGCUUUUACAGCAGGCUUACUUUACUUACAAAAAUAGAUAAAAAACACAAAAUAAACACAGUAUUUUCAGAGCUCUCCGACAAGUUCCUCCUUCCAUCGACAACCAAAACACCUUAUCUGUGUCUAUUUGCGCUUUUAAUUUAUUGAUUUUUCAGUCUGGCAGAUAGCCUGUAUACUGUAAAUAUAUCACAUAGGUUACUUACUGUCUUCGCAAUCCUGAUUUAGUUAUACUACUACGGCCAUUUUGUCAGGUGUAGUCAUGCACAAAACUAAACUAGUGGGGUAUACGUACCAUUUAUUAACAAUUGACUCAAUGAAAAUGAAGAAAUCCCAUGAAAAAUGUAAAUGCCCCAGUAUUUUAGUUUAGUGUACGACUACACCCGACAAUGGAGUAAUCUCCACAACGACCAUAGUGCUAUAACUAAAUCAGAAAUGCAAAGACAGUAAGUAACCAUGUAUUUAUAUAUUUUAACUAGUGAUGGGUUUCUAACCAAAAUCGGUUCUCGGUUCCGGUACCAUCGGUACUUUAUUUUAAAUUUUUAGGAUAGGCUUCUUAAUUUUUAUUUUUAAAACAAAAUAUCCAUACAGUAUUUCAAUUUUACAGUAUAUUGCAUUAGUAUUAGGUUGGUACAAAACUUAAGGGAGAAAAUAAAACUUAUUUGAAAAAAAAACACUUAAAUAACCAAACACAUUCAAAUCAAAAUAAUAUAUAAUGUAGCAGAAGUGUUAAUAUUUGAUGAAAUUAGUGAUGUGUCGAUACCAGAGUUUAUAGAUUCUGGAUACCGAUAACUAAAAAAACAAUUCUCAAUGCCAAUACAAUUUUUUUAAUCGUUUUAUGAAGUUUUAUGAGUUUCUGGGGAAGUUUUCUGGGGGGGGGGGGUUGUACUACAACAAUCCCUGUCUUUUAUGUCUUUCUAUUAAGCAUUUUUGAGGUAGGCUAAGGCUAUUAGGGGUUUUUUUUAAGGGAAAAAAAUGUAUGCAGCAAUGAAACAUUCUAACUAGCCAAUUUCCAAGUAUAAACACUUCUUAUCACAUCAAAUAACUACCAUAUUUAAGAUACUACAUAGAGCCAGCCUGAUAUUUUCAGUCCAGCCAAACUCAAAGUAAUAUCGUGAAAAUCGUCGUAUUCUGAUAUCACUGCAAAAUCCAAAGUAUUUUUCUCAAUUACUGAAACAUCAUCACUGUUUUUCACGGGUGCGGCAACAUCAUGAACAUCACUCACGGUCGUGUAGACGUCAUUGUCUCCCGCCAUUGCGGCAAAAUCAUGAACAUCUCCUGCGCCCGUGUAGACAACAUCAUGAACUCCCGCGGUUACGGAAAUGUCUUCGUCGCUGUCCACGAUCGCAGCAAAAUCAUGAACACCUCUUACCAUGUAGACGUCAUCAUCCUCUCCCAGGAUCGCCGUAACGUCAUCAUUGUCAUCCUCGAUCGCAAUCACAGCAAAAUCAUCUCCCGCGGUCAUGGAAACAUCGUCGUCUUGCGCGAUCGUGGCAAUAUCAGUAAUUUUUUGUCAUUAUCAGUACCGAAGGUACCGGUACCUACAUUUCACCAUCGGUUCUCGGCGGAACCGACAUUUGACGUAAAGUACCGACCUAUCACUAAUUUUAAUCUAUUCUCGUCAGUAAGGUAAACCUGCUGUUAAACCUAUCCAUUACAAAAUACUUAUAUUUUUAAAUAUAGUUAUGUUAACAAUACUUCUACCUGUGUGCGUAAAAGCAUUUUCCCUCCUCUCCCUAAAAAAAACAACAAAAAAAACACUUCAUUCAGAAUGUGCAGUAAAAUAAACUCAUCAGCUGAUAAUGUUCUUUAGAAUGUUAAAUUAAUGCUCACACAACAUGAGCAUAAAAAUGCCCACUACUCAAAGCUAUACAAGGUAGUUAAGGCAAACUAAACAUUUGUUUAAAGUUUAUCACCAGUCAGUUUUAUACAAGAUUUUUCUUUAAACUAACUUUAUGAAAUAUUUUUAUUUUCAUAAUCUUCAGUGAUUAUGUUAUAUUAGACCCUUAUAAGAUACAACUUUGAUUCUAAAAUUUUAUUUCGGUUUGAAUCCAUACAAAUUCUUUUAAGACAUGGACUUACACUUGGGUGUGUAUUUUAAGCUGAAGUACCCAGGGACGAGUCAUGGCUCAGUAUAGUUUAUUUCGAUCGUAAAAAGCAUUAUAAAGGAAACUCACGUUUUAUCUACAACUAAUUUUGGCUUUUAUUAUUUAAGUUUUAGUGGAAUUUAAAUCCAACCUUUUACUAUAGAAAUUUUAACCUGCCAAUCCGCGACAAAUUGCAUUAUUUAACUUUUGUUAAGUUACUUUAAUACCUAUUUUAUUAAAUAACACAAUUUAUAAUAUUAUUUAGCAUAUCUACUUAUACUACCACAUUAGAAAAAAAAUAAAAUGUUUUGGAAAUCAAUUUAGUAGGGUAUGAAUGUAGUUUUUAUUUUUAUUUUUUUAAGUAUUAUUGAAUUAUUUACAGUGUAAGUACUUAGAAAAUAGCACAUAUACUUAAACAGAACCAGUAUGGAUCAUUAGACUAAUUAAGUUGCUGGCCCGAAUCCUAUACUAAUAGCAUUAACAUGUGGUUUAGACAGCUCCAUUUAAGCAAUGUUAAAUUAUGUUAAUUUUCAGGCCAGUAAUAGUUAUUUGUCUAACCAGUGUGUGCAGUGGCAUUUUGCUGCACAUGAGAGAAAAGUUUAAACACGAACCGCAGGCUAUAAAUCAUAUAAUUAGUCUUUCAAACUCUUAACAACACGUUUUUAGGUUAGGUUAAAUCCAAACCUUGAACGAAAUGGGAAAUGCUGCACCAGCUGAUCGUAGUUGUAGUAUCUUUAAGUGUUGCCAACUUAUUUUCAAGCUUACACGUAUUACGUGCUGAAUAAAAGCACUCUGUUUUGUGUUGUUUGGUUGAAAUAAAAAUUCUUUCAAGUGUGGCAAAAUAAUUACUGCGGCAAAAGUGAGUAAAUGCAGCAAUUAGCUACUUUGCAUUCUUUAAUCAGUGCAAGGAAGCGUUUCUUUACCAAUUUAUUUGUUUUAUGGUAACUGUAGGAAAAAUAUAAUGUGCAACUCGAGUGCAAAGUGCAAUUGCCUCACUCGAGAAAUUAUUCCUCACUCGCCUACAGCUCGUGAGUAAGCAUUUCUCUCGAGUGAGUCAAUUGCUCCCUUUGCUCACUAGUUGCACAAAUAACUAUUGUUUAUGUUUAUGAUCCAUUCUGUGUCUGUUCAAGUAUUCGUGGAAAAUAGCCAUUGUUUGGUCAAAAGCUUUAUUUUGGAAACAUUCCGGGUUUUAUAUACUAAUAUAUUAACUGUUGAAUUAGCUUGUAUCCAAACAGCUUUACAGAUUUACUUGUAUAAGCAGUAUGUAUAAUGAAAGGCUUCGUAAAGAGCAGUUAUUAUCAUUAGGCACAUAUAAUAACAUGAAAAUAUGAUUUCAGUUUUGCUUUUAAAACGAUUAAAACUAUUAGUAAAUUAUUUAAAAUGUUUGUCACUGUUACACCAUUUAGAAUAUAUUGAGUCAGUGAGUAAAAAAGUGUGCAAUUCCUUCAAAUUCUCACCAAUCAAAAGCCUAUUGAUGUUGUACAUGUUCCAAGAUAUAUUUUGUAGGGCUCAAUGAAGAUUGCUGGCACAUGUAGUAAUGUAAAUGCUGUUUUGUUGUAUAUAUUAUGUAACACUUAUGUAAGUAAGGGCCAUGCCCAUUGUUAUUUCCUUGUGUACAAGGUAUGUGCAUUAAUAUAGUGGUGUAUUUAUUUUACAGUUUAUGUUAGAAACAAUCAGGCAUUACAGUUUCCAAUUAAAAGGCAUAGAUUUGUGGCCAACAUUACGUUGGGCAUGUUAACAAUUCUCCUUUCGGUUAAGGUUAAAGUAAAAGUGUGGUCAAAAAUAGUUGAUUGUUAUUGGGUAUUAAAAGUUUAUGCAAUA